AUGGACGACCCCGCGAGUGCCUGGCUCAGGGCCGCGAUCCAGUACGCAUACUCCGCCACUGCUCCGGACGCUGCAUUUCCAUUCUUCGCCGCGGCGCAGCUUGCCAACGAUGACGACACCAUAUCGGUAAACGAGGACUUCGACCCUGGGAACAAUCCGGGACAGGACCCCAGGUUCAGGAAGCUUGUCGAGGCCGUCUUGUUCUCACGAAGGCUGCUGAGCACGUACAACGCCGUAUUGCUUCUCGUCCUGCUCGGCUUCGCUAUUGCGCAAUGGGGUGGCGUUAUGCAGCAGGCAUACCGGCGACGGGCGGUUGCCAGAAAAGCUAAGAAAGAGAAUGGAAUGACACCUCGCAUCAUAGUGGGCGCCGGAGAAAGCGGCGCGUCGUCGUCGUCGAGCAGCACGCUGGAGGGUACAGCUACGCCGCCAGACGCCAGCAAACACGGCCGUGGCAAGGUUCCGGAUGAGCGUCAACCACUGCUGCCGCGGGAUGGUGCGAAGCUGCAGAAGCCGGGGGUGUUGUCUCUCAUGUUGCACCGCGUCAAAGCUUGGCUCGUGUCUCAGCCGCGGCCGAUCCCCAUCGUCCACAAGCAGCUGCCGUCGAAUGGACAGAGCCUGGCCAUCCUGGCCCUCCUGGGCUUGAAUGUCUUCUACCUGCUCUUCCGGCUGGAGUUCACUGCCAUGAACAUCUUCGUCUUCGCAGACCGAUGUGGCCUGCUGAUUGCCGUAAACCUGCCACUGUUUUACCUGUUCGCUGCGAAGAACCAGCCCAUUACAUGGCUGACCGGCUAUUCUUACGCAUCGCUCAAUAUCUUCCACCGUCGGUUGGGAGAGCUGCUGUGCCUGCUCGCACUGCUGCACGGCUUAGGCAUGUUUACUGUGUGGUACGGCCUGCUGCGUCCUCUUGGCUUUUCCCUGUCCCGAUUCAUCUUCACCCGCGUAGUCUCCUUCGGACUCUUGACCUUCGUUUGUUACGAGCUUCUCUACUUGACAUCUCUUCGGAGCUUCCGUGCCGCCUUCUAUGAGCUUUUCCUAGCGCUGCACAUUGUCCUCCAAACCUUCGGGCUCGUCUUCCUCUUCAUCCACCACAGCCGCUCUCGCGUCUGGGUCGGCAUCGCUCUCCUCAUCUUUAUUACCGACCGCCUUAUCUACCGCCUCGCCAUCAAAUCGACCUACUUCCGCGCCGACCUGACCAUCCUCCCCGACGGCCAGACCGUCCGCCUCUCGUCCAACUGGUCCAUCCCCUCGGGCACCUGGGCGACGUCGCUCUGGCGCCGCACCGUCGUGCACGGCUGGAACGCUCCCGAUCACGUCUUCGUCAGCAUCCCCGCGCUGGGCGGGCUCCACGCGCUGCAGGCCCACCCCUUCACCAUCGCCACGCCCGCCCCGUCCAAGCCGCACGUCCUCCCCCACCGGCACCACGACGACUCGGAGCGCCACGCCUGGCUCUCGCUGCUCGUCCGCGCCCAGUCGGGCUUCAGCCGCGACCUCCUGCGCCACGCCCAGACCAACUCGUCCACCCUCGUCCGCCUCGACGGGCCCUACGGCUCCACGCGCUCCCUGCGCCUACUACGCGCCUCCGACCGCGCCAUCGUCGUCGCUGGCGGCUCCGGCGUCGCCGUUGCUUUCCCUCUGCUCUGGACCCUGCUCAACCCCGCCGCCCGGCCCGACCUGGAGCGGCAGACGCGCCAUUACGACGACCCCGCGCGUGCUGGCGCGGCAGCAGGAGCGCCGAAGAAAGUCUUGUUCGUGUGGGUCGUUCGGCAGCGCACGCACAGGGAGUGGCUGCCCGAGCAGCGGAUCGAGGAGCUGAGGCAGUGGGGUGCCGAGGUGAGGAUCGAGGGGCCGACGGAGAGCACGGGCAGGCCGGACAUCGGCGCCAUCGUGGCCGGAUGGGUGAGGGAGGUUGGAGGCGAGGACGGAGCGGGCAGGACAGGGGCCGUGGUGAGCGGCCCGGAUGCGUUGAACAGGGACGUGAGGAAUGCGUGUGCGGGCUUGGUUGGGGAGGGAAGGGCGGUCGAGGUACACGUCGAGAAGUUUGGGUGGUAG